CCACAGGAGACACGAUACAGCCUCACUCCCUCUUUGAUUUAUUGAAGCCACUCCAAACGCCCACUCUCGCUUUCUGAACUUUAACUUAAAAAAAAAUUUUUUUUCCUCAUUCAUUAGCUCUGUUUCCCCCUCUCUUUCUUUUUGGGUGCGAACACAGAUCCAUAUCGCUCCACGACGCUGGCUAUCAAUUUUUCGCUCGUUUUCGUCGUGAUGCCACUUGGCGCGGCUACUGUACGCGAGGCAGGAGAUGAGUUGGUGGUGGAUGAAGGCGAACUGGUCGCUUGAUCCCCCUUUUUUACACCGAGGUCUUUUUGCCUUUGUGCUCUCAGUUUAGCGCUGAGAAAUAUUCUCGGCUGUUGGAUCAUCGCCUUCCUGGGCUCAGAUUUUUUUUUUUUUUGGCAACUUCGUUUGUUGUUUUCCUUGCAGCCGCUGCAGUCGGACAUCCUGCGCUGUAACAUGACGCUUAAACAGUAAAACAAAAUUGAGAAAACAGGCCUACAUUCAGAAACUGGAUAUGGAGUCAGUAAAGAUGAAAGCCACGGCGGGGGUGAAGGAAUUUGCGGGGAAGACCCUGGGUCAUAUGUACAGGGUUAUAGAGAGGAGGCAGAAAACCGGGGAGGUGAUCGAGCUCACGGAGGAUGGAAGGCCACGGGAGGCCGCUGAGAAGAAACCCCCGCUGUGCGACUGCUACUGCUUCGGUUUGCCCCGCCGCUACAUCAUCGCCAUCAUGAGCGGCCUGGGCUUCUGCAUCUCCUUCGGCAUCCGGUGUAACCUGGGCGUGGCCAUAGUGGGCAUGGUCAAUAACAGCACCAUUCACCAGAACGGCAAGAUCAUCAUCAAAGAGAAAGCCAAGUUCAACUGGGAUCCAGAGACGGUGGGAAUGAUUCACGGAUCUUUUUUCUGGGGCUAUAUCGUGACACAAAUCCCGGGAGGAUACAUAUCCUCCAGGCUGGCAGCUAACAGGGUAUUCGGUGCAGCCAUUGUCCUCACCUCCACUCUCAACAUGUUCAUUCCCUCCGCUGCCCGAGUCCACUAUGGGUGUGUCAUUUUUGUCAGGAUAUUACAAGGGCUGGUGGAGGGAGUCACCUACCCAGCCUGUCAUGGGAUCUGGAGUAAAUGGGCGCCACCAUUAGAAAGGAGUCGUCUGGCUACCAUCUCAUUCUGUGGCUCUUAUGCUGGUGCUGUGAUAGCGAUGCCCCUGGCUGGGAUCUUGGUUCAGUAUUCAGGAUGGUCCUCGGUGUUUUAUGUCUAUGGAUGCGUUGGCAUCUUCUGGUAUAUGUUCUGGAUUCUUGUGUCUUAUGAGAGCCCUGCUGAACAUCCAACCAUCACGGAUGAGGAACGCUGCUACAUUGAGGAGAGCAUUGGAGAGAGUGCCAAGCUAAUGGGCCCUGCAGAGAAAUUCAAGACACCCUGGAGGAAGUUCUUCACCUCUAUGCCUGUCUAUGCAAUCAUUGUGGCCAACUUCUGCAGGAGCUGGACGUUUUACCUGUUGCUGAUUAGCCAACCUGCAUAUUUUGAAGAAGUGUUUGGUUUCGAGAUAAGCAAGGUAGGCAUACUAUCUGCCCUCCCCCACUUGGUGAUGACCAUCAUUGUGCCCAUUGGUGGCCAGCUGGCCGACUACCUGCGCAGCAGGAACAUCCUGUCAACUACCACUGUCAGGAAAAUCAUGAACUGCGGAGGAUUUGGCAUGGAGGCCACAUUGCUUCUGGUGGUAGGAUAUUCCCACAGCAAAGGAGUGGCAAUCUCCUUCCUCGUGCUUGCAGUGGGCUUCAGUGGAUUUGCUAUAUCAGGCUUCAAUGUCAAUCACCUGGAUAUUGCUCCACGUUAUGCCAGUAUCUUGAUGGGCAUCUCUAAUGGUGUGGGUACCCUAUCUGGCAUGGUGUGCCCACUGAUUGUUGGUGCUAUGACAAAGCACAAGACCAGAGAGGAAUGGCAGUAUGUAUUCCUCAUAGCCUCCAUGGUGCAUUACGGGGGCGUGGUCUUCUACGGCAUCUUUGCAUCAGGAGAAAAACAGCCAUGGGCUGACCCUGAACUGACCAGCGAGGAAAAAUGUGGCUUCAUUGAUGAGGACGAGCUGGCAGAAGAAACAGGUGACAUCACUCAAAGUUACGGUGCUUUCGGCGGGCCGGCCAAGACAUAUGGUGCAACCACGCAGGUGAAUGGAGGCUGGGCUGCCAGCUGGGAGAAGACAGAGGAAUAUGUCCAGGAAGAAGCACAGGGAGGAGGCUACGGAUACAGGCAGGAUGAGGGAUACUCCUAGACCAAACGCACACUCACUGACAUAUGAGUAGGUUUAUUUUCCUGAGUGUCAGAUUUAGUCAUAGAAAUAUCAAGAAAUGAGAAAUAAGAAAAGCUACAAUCCAUUGUCGUAUUGUUUGCACAAAUUCUAAAGAAAACAAAGAAAAAAGAAAAAAAAAAGACCAACUCAAUGUUCAACUGACUAGAUCAUAUAAAUAAUUAAAGAUAUUUGAUUAAUAGAGGUGUAACACAUAUCAAAUUGGCAGUCUGUUAACGUAUUAUUAUGCAUAUUAAUGAUAGAUAUAUUUAUUUGGAGUGCAACUGUGUGUAAAACGUGAACAUUUUCAUCCCAUCAGCUAAGGUUUCCUGACCACACUGAAGCCUAUAGAAGUACAUAGUAGCUGACCCUUAUUAAUCAAAUUAACAGUUACAGUAUGCUGUCCUCCAAGCCAGCCAUUUCAGUGUAUGAAUAUGUCACUGCACAAUAUUGUAAACAGAAAUUAGACACUCUCUCGAUAUAGAUUGUACGGUCCUGAAUGCACUCAAACUAGUGUGUCCUUUAAUGCACAUUAUUUUUGAUUUCUCAUCACCAGCUUCUGUGUCCUGAACAUGGAAGUGACCUGGUGUGGAGGCUUGAGAAGCAGCACACUGACUUGUGAUGUUCAUUUAGUUAUACAUGCAAAUGAUAAAAAUGUUUCCUACCUGUAAUUCCUUUUGUAAUCCUGUACUGCUGCAAUUACGCAUUUCAUUUCUUUUUUUUCUUUUUUUUUUUUUUACAGCCCGACGCAUCUCAGCAGUGUAGUGCAGGUGUUUGGCCAUUCUCAUAAUAACACUCAGCAUCACCAUCAUGCCACUUAAAAUGUAGCUGUACCAAUACAUUUUUGAAAGAUUUAUCUUAAAUAAAACAUAUGUGAAAGAAAUAUUGUAUAAAUUUAGAUAUAGCUAGACCACAAUAGUUAUUGCCAUUAUAAGACCUUAUAAAGGAUUUGUGCAAUGCAAAGACUUUGGGUACCAACCAAAAUAUGUAUAGGAGCCUUACUGGUAUAGAAGUGCAAAUGUUAUAAUAUUUAAAAAGAAAAUAAUAAAUGAUAAUUAUAAUAGAGUAAAUAAUGUAAAUAAAGAGAUAAGUGAGUACAUUUGAAUGCAUCCUAUAAACUCCCCUGGAGGGUUUAAACCAGGACUCUGACCUACAGUAUGAUUUGAUCAGAUUUGACUAAACAGACCUCCAAAAAUGCAGGCGUAAUAACACUGCAGAAGUUGUGAACCUUCCCAAACAAAUAUUUGUAUGCUUACAUACAGGAUAUCUGCACUUUUCAUGAAACAGAAUAUUUCUAUUUCUAGUUAUAGAAGAACAAACUGCAGCAUUUGGACAAACUGCUUUUGUUCUGUCUUACAAAAAGGAGGUGAGAUGAAGCAUUUUAUGAAUUGAUGAACAGCGUCCGGUUAUCCAAGGUGUUUUAGAAUCCUAAUUAGAAAGAAAAAGGAAACACACACCAGAACCAUGGGUUUGUCUUCAUUCUGCACUCACACUGAUAAGGUCUGAAGGGGGUUCAUUUUGUUUGUUUUAUUCCAAGUUGGCACUUCACAGUGUAGAUGUGUGUGGUUGUGUAUUUAUGCAUGGAACAAAGUGAAAUUUGUAGUUUGUCCUUUUUAACGUUUCUUUUAUGUUCCAAAGUUUUUUGUCUUUGUCUCAGAAACUGUUGCUGUCGCUUCGAUUUCUUUGCACAAUUAACCAAAGGUGAAAAGCAGAGCUGGAUUUUAGCUGAAAGUCAAAUACUUUUAAGGUAGUACAGACCAUCAGCACUGAGGCUCCAGCAUAUUGGACCCCCCCAGUGUCCAGGUGGCACCAAACAUUACUCAGUGUACAAAGCAAUAAAUCCAUAGUAACAGUUCUGGUCAAACAUCAUGAACACCCAUCACGUAACAGUUUUUUUAAAAAAAUGCAUUUGUUAAAUAUGUCGUGUUUUUUGUGAUAACAAAUGUAGAAAAUAAACACUUGUAAAGAAAAAUAUAUAAAAAUAUAUGUAUGAAAUAUUGUACUAGAGUCCAACGCAAACGUCUUUGACAACACAAAAAGUCCAAGGAGUUUGUGAAGGGGCUGCUCACCAGAUGAGAAUGAUAAACUGAGCUUUGCCUGAAAGGCAAACGCUCUUCUUCUUCUUCUUCUUCUUCUUCUUCUUCAUGUUUCUGUUUUUGUUUUGGU